AUGGUAGCAUUAUCAUUAUUCAAUAAUAAUAAUAACAAUAAUAAUACCAAUACCUCUAACUCGACAACUCAUGUUGAUGUUAAUGAAGAUAUUUCAACGACAACUGAAGAAGAUUUAUCAGGAAAUGUCACAAUUUAUGAAAGUAUUCUUAGACCUCCUUCAAGAUCAAAUAAUACUAAUAAUAGGAGUCGUUCAAUUUCAUUAACUAAAUUCUUUUUUCAUAAAGAUCAUCUGGAGAAUACUACUACUGGUAAUGACAAUAACAUUGACGAUUCUCCUGGAAAUUCAUCUCAUUCAACAUCUUCAAUUAGUGGUCAAAGUACUCCGUAUCAUCCACCGGAGCCACCACGUUCUUCUUCUCAAGAAGAUGACAUUAAAACAAACAGCAGUUUAUUGAAAUUGAAGAAUAUGUUUAAAUUACAAUCAAGCCCUUCGGUAUUUGAUUCAGACAAUACUCAAUCACCUACUAAUCCUGCUACAACAAAGACACAAAUAGGUAGAAAUAGAUCUAUAUCAACUCCUUUAAGUGGACCCCUUAAAAAUCAUGUAAGGAACUUUUCAAAUAAAAUGCAAUCAUCUGGAAACUCACCAUCUGAUUCAUCAACCUCAAAAAUUCCACAAAUAAUAACCACUUCACCGAAGAAAUCCCAAAAUGCAAAAUCUGAACCACAAUCUGCCGUUGUACAAUCAAAUCCAUAUUUUGCAUAUCAGGGGUUACCUCCUCAUAUGGCUCAAUAUACUCAUACUACUGGAAACGAUCAUUCCCAAAAGAGUCAAGCAGAUUUAUCAGUUGCAUUAAGACAUAAUGAUUCCAUCUUGUCAUUAACCGAUUCAGGAGUAUUGAAACCACCAAAAGUUGCAAAGAGCCAAUUAUCAUCAAGCGAAGAAUCAGAAGGGGAUGAAGAAACACAGGCAGCAUUCCCAAAAAUAGAAGAAGGACAGCAGCAACCAGAAGAAUUCCCGAAAAAAACUGAACCUUCCCCAAAGACUCCGAAAAAUAAAAGACAUCAACAAUUAUUAAAAGAAGUUGAACUUGAUUUAAAACCAAUUACAGAUGAACAUGACUUAUCACUACCAGUUUCACCUCUCCAACGUGCAUUGAGAAGAGUUGCUUCUGCACCUUUAGUUCAUAGAUUAUUAAACGACAAGCCGCAACAACAACAAAAUCAUCUCGCCUUAUCAGGAGCAAAUACUCCGUUCCCAUCAACAACGACAACUACAACAUCCUCUAAAAAAGAAUCACCUCCUAUAUUCGAUAUCAAUAAACAUAUAGGUGAAGUGACAAUCACAGGUACCAGACCACGUACAUAUACUCAAGAUAGAACCUAUUCCAAUGCGGCUACAAAGAUCCAUGAAGCCAAAGUUAAUGCCGAUUCUUUUGAAAAACUUCGUCUUUUGGGUAAAGGUGAUGUUGGUAAAGUUUAUUUGGUUCGAGAAAAACAAUCAAAUCGAUUAUAUGCUAUGAAAAUCUUAAAUAAACGUGAAAUGAUUGAACGUAAUAAAAUCAAACGUGCUCUUGCCGAACAAGAAAUCUUAGCAACUUCAAAUCAUCCAUUCAUCGUCACUUUGUAUCAUUCUUUCCAAUCUCGGGAUUAUUUAUAUUUAUGUAUGGAAUAUUGUAUGGGUGGUGAAUUUUUCAGAGCAUUGCAAACAAGAGAAACAAAAUCCAUUUCUGAAAAUGAUGCUAAAUUUUAUGCUGCAGAAGUAACUGCAGCUUUGGAAUAUUUACAUUUGAUGGGAUUUAUAUAUCGUGAUUUAAAACCAGAAAAUAUUCUUUUACAUCAAUCAGGACAUAUUAUGUUGAGUGAUUUCGAUUUAUCUAAACAAAAUGAACGAGCUAAAAAUCCAGGUGUAAGUUUUGGUCAUAAAUCAGGAACAGUUAUGAGUGGAAUGCAUUUAACUUCUUCAUCAAUUGAAGGACCAAGUAUUGAUACUAAAGCAUGUAUUGAUGGAUUUAGAACUAAUUCAUUUGUCGGGACAGAAGAAUAUAUCGCACCCGAAGUGAUACGUGGUAAAGGACAUACAAGUGCUGUUGAUUGGUGGACAUUAGGUAUAUUGAUAUAUGAAAUGUUAUAUGGAACUACUCCAUUUAAAGGUAGUGAUCGAAAGAAAACAUUUGCAAAUGUACUUAAACGAGAAGUUAAAUUUCCUGAUUCUCCUCAUCCAAUUUCAUCAAAUUGUAAGAAUUUAAUUAAGAAAUUAUUAAUUAAAGAUGAAGAAAAACGUCUUGGAUCAAAAACAGGGGCAUCUGAAAUUAAAAAUCAUGCUUUCUUCAAAAAUACUCAAUGGGCAUUAUUACGUCAUCAAAAACCACCAAUGAUACCGGUUUUAACUAAAUCAAAUAAAAAACAUGAAAAUCCUCCUCCAAUUGAAGAUGAAGAUCAACAACCGGACAAUAACGCGAAAGAUAUAAAGGAAAUUAAAGUUAAACAAGAAGAUAAUGAAAAUUCGAAUAAUGAUCCAUUUGCCAGUUUUAAUUCAAUAACAUUACAUUAUGGAGAAGAUGAAGAAGCAAUCACUAGUCCAAUGUAUAAUCCUGAAAGUACAGCAUAUACCAGUGUUGCAUAUACUAUGACUUCUCAAAAUGGAAGUCCGGUUAAAUCAAAGGCAUUUCUAAAACGAUAA